ACAAUCAACUGUAAUAGUUCAAUGAUUGUCUCUGAGUUGUUAAGGUUGGUUUGAUGUUGUGUAAAAAUGUGGUUGUCAAACAACAAAUUCAUCCGCAGUAUUAGGAUAUUCAUCAAAACAAAUCAUGAUCGACCCGUGUGAGGAUGGCAAUUAUUUGGUGCGCGUUCGGGCUCAGGUGAUGUCUAGAGAUGACAGUUCCGGUGGUUGGGUACCCCUGGGUGGAGGAGGACUCAGCAACGUCUCUGUACGGAAGAGACUUCGACCCUGUCCCGCCACCACGGGUGAGCAGGAUGCACCUGCUCCAUCCAAACAGAAGCACGAGUAUCUUAUAUUUGGAAAGAGGAUCAGUGAUCAAAAUGUUGUAUUGAGUUGCACCAUCAAAAAGGAUUUCGAAUACAACAAGGUCAUGCCUACCUUUCAUCAUUGGAAAACUGGAGACAAAAAAUUUGGACUCACCUUCCAAACGGCUGCUGAUGCUAGGGCUUUCGACAAAGGAGUGAGGACUGCUGUAGAAGAAUUGCUGGACGGUUUUGCUGGUUCUUCUCCUCCACCUUUCUCGAAAUUUCCAAAAGAUGUUGGAGACGAUGAAGUUUUCAUGACAUUGAACCUGCCACAAGAACCAAAGGAUUCGAGGAGCUCGAGCGACUCUAGUACAAAAGGUAUCGAUUAUCUUCAUAAAAUCACCUAUCUUAACGUAAAGGAUAAACCUCAACCGCCGGAGCCUAGACAACCCAUUUUCGAGCCAAUGAAAGGCGAUAAAGGAGACAAUUAUUCGUAUGUCCAACUGGCAGUCCACGACUACAACUACCCGAUUUUGGAAGAUCAGAGGCCCAGGGACUUCGAGGACGACUUAAAAAAACGCAACACGGAACUCGUGCAGCCGCUUCCCAUUUUACCCGCAAAAAAGAACGCGCAGGGCAGGGCCCAAAUGACGUGCAAAUAUUGUAACGAGCUCUAUUUCGAGGACGGUAAUCCGAGGGGUUCGUGUGAAUAUGGGCCGGAUUGUUGGAAAUCCACCAUAAAUAAGUUGACUUGCAUGGGUUGCGUUCACUGCGUGUGUUACCAUUGUGCUGCUGACGCUGAAGGGGAGUUUGCUCCUCAGCCUUGUGCUUGUGACUGCGUCAAUGACGAAUCGUGCGUGAGAAGGUGGAUCUGUUUAACUUUCUUAUCAAUUUUCUUGCCGUGUUUAUGGUGCUAUCCACCUCUGAAGAUGUGCCAUUGGUGCGGGAUGAAGUUGGGUGUUUGUGGUGCAAGACACAGCAUGUGAAAGGAAAAUCGUUAUAUUUUGCGAUAUUAGUCUUACUGAAAUUUACCCUGCAUGUCAUAAGAACAGAAACGUCAAGUUCUUCAUAUUUGUCAUUCCUUCAUGUCUUGGUGAGGAAUUUCCUGAAUUUCUCUUCCUCAGGAAAUUAAACAAAAAAAAAAGAUUUGUUUAUAAAAUGCAACAUCUAUACCAAAGGAGUUCGAAUUUUAUCAUUAUGUAAAUAGUUGCGGGUUGCAUUUUGAAAUAUAAAUUAUUUAAAUGGAAA